UGUGAUUAUUGUCGGAUGUCUCACACUUCAAAUUGUGAUAUUCAAAUAGAAAUAUAUUGUUUGAUCGGGGCCAGAAGAUUUUGACAGGGAAAAAAUGUCGAUAACUUCAGUGAAGUAUGAAUACUUUCUUACGAAAAUUCGGGCUGAAUUGCUUAUUAAUAUGGUCGAUUAUUUAAAUCUCAACGAAAUUGAAGAAGAACAAUUAGAGGAUAAAAAUAUCUUAAAGAAUAUAGUACGGGAGGGAAUGGGAAAAUUUGUGGGAAUUAAACGAACUUUGUUGUAUUUAAAGGCGUUUAAAAGUAUGAUUCUAAAUUUUAAGAUUGAUUAUUUGAAGACGGUAAAUUUGUACCGAUUAAAUUAUGGUAUACUGGCCGUCGCUUGUGUUGAAUAUAUCCUGUACCCCAACCAAAAUUAUGAGCAAUAUUUGAUGAUAUAUGAUUGCAGCAAACAGACUGCAGAGAAGCUGUAUAAUAAGCUAUGUAAUUUUCCAUACAUUCAGAAACAAACAGUGGAUAUAGUUAAAUCAGCUAGAUCUUUUUUUCAAUGGCAGAGCUUAUUAUGCAAGCCGGGCUACUUGAAAACAAUAAGAGAAUAUUUAAGAAAAAUAGAGAUCAACAAUGACGAGUUAUCUUUCAUUAAAGACACUUCGAUUCAAGUGAUACGCGAUAAUAAAGUACAGCAGUCUCGUUCAUCUACGCGAGCAGGUUCAUUGUCAAACACUGCUCCUAAACCAGGCUCAUCGAAAUCAGUGAAGCUUAAAUUGACUUCAUAUAAGCGUCGCAGCAAUUUUACUUUAAUAACAAAAGAAUAUUUUUUUAACAAACGCCAUGUAAACGCUAUUAUGAAUUUACACGAAUAUUUAAUUGCCGAGGAAAUUGAAGAAGAUUAUUUAGAGGAUAAGAGUAUUUUAUGGGAUAUGCUGCGAAGGGCGAUGAAGAUAUUUCCUAAUCGUGAACCAGCCAAAUCAGAAUUCAACGCGUUUAAAAGUACGCUUCUUACUUUUAAUAUUGAUUAUCUGAAGACGGUAAAUUUGUAUCGAUUAAAUUAUGGCAUACUGGUCGUUGCUUGCAUCGAAUAUGCCAUGUAUCCCGACGAACAUAAUGAAAAAUAUAGAAAGAUCUAUCGCUGUGACAAAUACUGCGCGACCAAGUAUUAUAAUGAACUGUGUGGUCUUCCAGAACGAGAGAAACAAGACUCAUUCACAGUUAAAUCAUCUAGAUCUUUUUUUUUUAACAAUAUUUUUCUAACCAAACCUGUGUGCUUGGAAGCAAUAAGAUCUUACUUGCAACACAUUGAAAUCGGUAAUGAUGAAUUAAAGUAUAUAAGAGACACUUCAAUUCAAGUAAUACGCGAUAAUGCUGCUAAAAACAGAGUUGAGCAAUCGCCAAAUAUUAUUGAUCCGAUCGAAGAUCAUUAACUUUGCCCAAGAACGAUCAGUAGCUUCGUCUAUCGAUGCCGGAUACAUUGACGGUAAAAUAUGCUUAUUCAUCAGUGGUAUCAAAAACUUUAUAGCCAGCGAAAAAUUGUAGAAGUUCGCGGUCAUUUUGUGUAUAAUUAAGUGUUUACAUUAUCAAAAGGAAAAGCCGUAAUUUUACAGAAAAAAGAUAUGAAAAAGUUUGCUAAAGAAGAUAUCGAUAAUACUGCCUACUGUCUGAGUUCAGAUUUGACAUGAGAAUGUUUCUCAAAUGCAAUAGCAUAAGCAAUAAUUACUAGACUACAUUUUUUUCAAUAUAAUGUAAUUUAUCUUUUGAUCCCAUUUCAUACAACUGUAUUUUAUUGAUAAAAUUUUUAACUAGCAUGCAAGAAUUUACCAUUUUUUAUUUAAUAUUAUCCGCGGGGCGGCGGCGACAUCUGCGCGACGGUGACUAUGUGCACGCUGCUGCGAGUACCCGAAAUUUUGGCCCUUUUACAAUUAAAACUUUCCUCCAAUGGGUCGCACGAACAAGAGAGAGAGAGAGAGAGAAGUGCACACAGGAGCCAACGCCUAAUUCUCCCGAGCGCCGCCCGUGUGCAGCUGCGACGUGUACACGUGCGCGACGACGACUCGCAAACUCGUCGCUAUAAUGUAUAGCGUUUCGAGAAAAUUCGAAUGAA